AUGCACGCUGAAAUAGAUGCCCUCCAAGCCAACAAAACCUGGGAACUAACAACCCUUCCACCCUCCAAACAAGCAAUAGGCUGUAGAUGGGUGUACAAGGUCAAGCAUAAGUCAGAUGGGACUAUGGAAAGGUGUAAGGCCAGGUUGGUAGCAAAACGAUACACUCAAACAUGUGGAAUGGACUAUGUUGACACCUGUAGUCCAGUAGCUAAGAUUACAUCCAUAAGAACUCUAAUUGCUGUGGCAGCUGCAAAGGGUUGGCAAUUACACCAAUUGGAUGUAAACAAUGUAUUCCUCCAUGGUGAUCUCCAUAAGGAAAUCAAGGAUCUAGGCAAUCUGAGGCUCUUCCUUGUGCUUGAAGUUGCUAGAACUCAAAAAGGAAUUGCUGUUAAUCAAAGAAAGUAUGCCCUGGACCUUCUUAAAGACACAGGUUUUCUGAGUAGUAAACCUGUGAGAACUCCUAUGAUACAAAUAGCAAAGUUGAGCCAAGACAGUGGGGCACCAUUAGAAGAUAACUCUCAGUAUAGAAGGUUGAUUGGCAAGUUAUUAUACCUGACCAUAACAAGACUAGAUAUAUGCUUUGAAGUUCAACAACUAUCCCAAUUCCUAGACAAGCCUACUACUGAUCAUCUCCAAGCAGCUCACAGAAUUUUGAGAUAUGUGAAAAACUCCCCAGGCCAAGGCUUAUUCUUUCCAGCAGACUCAAGUCUCAAGUUAAGAGGAUUUGCAUACUCAGACUGGGCUGCCUGCAUUGAUACUAGAAGAUCAGUAACACGUUUUUGUAUGUUCCUAGGAGAGGCUUUAAUCUCCUAG